AUGUUAUAUUUAAUACCGAUUAUUAUUUGUUUAAGUGUAAUUAUAAUUUUAACAUUUAUAAUUUAUUCACCACCUCGAUUUAUAAUAUUUUCACUUUCAAAAUUUUAUCCUGAUGUUUUAUUUCAUAUUGAUUUACCAUCAAAUUUACAAUAUAUUGCACUUACUAUUGAUGAUUUUCCAAAUAUAAAUGAUCUUUCAAUAAGUUUUCGUUUACUUGAUAUACUUCGUUUGUAUAAUGCACGAUGUACAUUUUUUACUAUCGGAUCACAUAUAGAAAAAUAUGAGAGUUCAUCACAAAUACGAAAAUUAUUCGAACGUUUAAUAGCUGACGGUCAUGAAAUAGGAAAUCAUGGUUGGCGUGAUGAACAAGCAAUACGUCUAUCACGAGAAGAACUUGAACAACAAAUAAUUAAUACAGAAAAAACAAUUAAUAAAUAUACUUCAUUGAAUACAAAAUGGUUUCGACCAGGUUCAGGAUUUUUUAAUCAAACAAUGAUACAGAUUUGUACUAAUCUAGGUUAUCGACUUGUAUUAGGUUCAAUUUAUCCAUAUGAUCCUCAAAUACCUAAUUCAAGACUUAAUUCAUUUUUUAUUGAAAAUAAAUUGUAUAGUGGUGCUAUUGUUAUACUACAUGAUCGAUUAGCGACUAUUGAAACAUUACAAAGAGUUUUACCAGCUAUACAAAAACGGGCUUUUCAUGUUGUUACACUUACACAAUUAAUGAAUUUGAAAACAAAACAAUAA